AUGAAGAUACUUUGUAUUUUCCUGACUUUCUUCUUCACUGUGUCUUGUGGUCUAUCAGUUUCACAGAAAAAAACAAAAGAAGAUACAGAGAAAAAAAUAGAAUGUUACCUUGUUCGUGGUGCUUGCAAGACUUCAUGCAACACUUGGGAGUAUAUAUACAAUUACUGCAGUACAGAGCCCUGCUGUGUUGUGCGGGAAUACCAAAAGCCAGUUCUUGAACCUGUCAAUACCACAGGGGAUACACUGUAA